AUGGCUUCACACCCGCAUGCCAACAGCCAGCAAAAUUCACAACUAGCCGCUGUGUCGCUCGACGAUUUCGUUCAAUGUCCUCAUUGCCCGGCCCCAAAACUCUUGAAAGGUCGCCGAGGUCUCCACAUCCACCUAGGCAAGUGUCAUAAACUCACCUUCAGCCAAAUUCCCACCAUAUCCCUUCCCCCAUCAGCCCCAGCACCGAUAAUUCACACCAAUCUUUCGGAUAAAUUAAGUUCUUUAAAAAACUCUGUGCCCAUUAUUAAGCGCAUCCCGCGAGGUGCUAGAUCUACUGUUUCAAACCACCUAGUAAAAGCCAUUGAUGACUGCGUAAAUGAAAAUUCACUAUCAAGCUGGGAAUACCUCUUAACGUUCUCAUACAACAUUUUCAACGUUAACAAAGAAGACAAAAAAUCUCUGACUUCCAAAAUUAAAUUAAAUUGCACCCGCCCUCACAACAUAGACAUUAACCAUAACACUCACCAUUUCAAACCCAGCCAAAUUAAUAAGUUAGUCGAAUCUAAAAUAAACGAUGGGGAUAUUAAAGGCGCUGCCCAACUCCUGUUUUCCAGCGACACAUCUGCUCCAGACACCCCAGAGACCCUGACUGCUCUCCAAAGUAAACAUCCGCCGGCACCCGCAGUACCUGACCUUCCCGAUCCUCCCAGUUCAGCCUUACCAUGCCUACAAUGCUCGGAAGACGCAGUCCAAAUAGCCAUCGCGUCUUUUAAAAAUGGCUCUGCAGGCGGCUUAGAUGGAAUAACCCCACAACAUUUAAAAGACCUAACUUCAGGCAAAGUUAAUCCUUCUAUUUUAUCAACCCUCUACGGCGCUAAUCUGUGCGCCUUGAAAAAAAAGAUGGAGGAAUCAGACCCAUCGCCCCAGGAAAAAGCACGCAUCCUGGCUGUUUCGGAAAGAGAAUCCGGCUCCUGGUUACAUGCUCUCCCCUCCUCCAACUUUGGUACAUUACUCGACAAUAAUACCCUCAGGCUGGCUGUCGGUCUUCGCCUAGGAUCCAACAUUGUCUCACCUCAUCGCUGCCCCUGCGGAACUUUUGUGGACAGCCUUGGACACCACGGUUUAUCGUGUUCUAAAAGUGCCGGCCGCCUAUCACGCCAUGCCUGCCUUAACGACAUCCUCCGUCGGGCCUUCGUCAGCGCCAACGUCCCAGCCAUCCUUGAACCACCUGGCCUCGCGCGCGACGAUGGCAAGAGGCCCGACGGAAUGACCCUCGUGCCCUGGAGUGUGGGACGGGCCCUUAUUUGGGACGCAACGUGUGUGGACACCCUGGCACCGUCCCACCUCGGUUCAACAUCAUUAAGAGCAGGCGCGGCGGCCGCAGCUGCUGAGGCAGCAAAAUGCCGCAAAUAUAUAGCUCUCACGGAUCGAAACAGUUUGUGGGACAUGCGCUAUAGCACGUACUGCUCGCUUCUGAAGCCGAAACACUCUCUCCCACUCCGCGGCCCCCGCCCAAAAUUCAACCCCGUACUGCAAGUGCGCGUGUACCGAAGCGAAAUAGCAGGCACGGACCGUUUCCACCGGCAGGACCCGUGCAAGUCGUUUUAA